CUUGCCGAAGCGGGGUGUCUGUCAGCCGCCUGCCUUUUUACUAUUGAAUUAAGGAAUAGCGGCGACAAUUCUACAAAUUAUUUACAUCUAAAAUGGAUUUAACAGUCAGUCUCAAGACCUUGUUAUGUAUUUUGUGCAGUUUUUCCUGCUUAGUGACAACUUUGGCCCAAGAAUUUGAAUCCGAAUCCCAGGAUUUAAGAGUUAUGAGAGGUCACAAUGUCACAAUGAACUGUCGAGUUAGGAAUUUAGGUGCAUACAAUGUGUUUUGGUUAAAAGAUACAACAGUAUUAUCGUUAAAUCAUCUUAUAAUGACAAGUAACGCAAGGUUUUCAAUCAUUGGACGAUAUAAUUUACAGAUUAUUAACUUACAAGAUGAAGAUGAAGGAAAAUAUCAGUGUCAAAUCAGUGUAUCACCUCCUAAAGUACAGUUUAAUUACCUUAUGGUUACAGUUCCUCCAGCUGUAAAGAUUGUUAAUAAAAGUAGAAAUGUUGAAGUAACACUCCAUGAUACCGUCCAACUACAGUGUUCAGCUACUGGUCGUCCUCAACCCAAUAUUACAUGGGUCAGACAGGAUAAAAAGAUGCCGAAUGGUGAAGACUUUGCGUAUGGUGAUAAAUUAACGUUGACAGAUCUACAAUACAACCAUGGUGGCAUGUACAAGUGUAUCGCCUCUAAUGAUGUCGGUGAUGAUGCUGAAGACUUCUUUCGAGUCAAGAUUUAUUAUCCCCCGAUUAUUCACACAGCCGAGACAGUCAUUAUAACUGGACCUAAUGAAGAGAUCUCGAUACCAUGUGUAGUCAGCGCACAACCAGCACCAAAAAUAGAAUGGAAACACAAUGGAACCAAGGUAUCACUACGAAAUAUACCACAAAACAAAGAACUCAAAGUAUUAAAAGAUGGUUUUAAGACGGACUAUAGUUUAUAUAUUAAAGGUGUAGAAGAUAUUGAUUUCGGCAACUAUUCGUGUAUGGCUAAAAAUAUCAAAGGAAAGACAGUUCACAACCUGGUGUUGACACCAUUACCAAGUAAAGUAGAAAUAGUCAGUGAUAUUGAAGGCAAUUAUUCUUCUGUUUAUGAUCUAAAAUGGAUGGUGGUUUCAGUUGUUCGACCAAGCAAUUAUAGACUUCUCAUUCGAUCUAUUAUCAAUGAAACAUUAACUAGUGAAUGGAAUCAAACGGAUAUCCCAGCUGAACCCGAUACUGGAUCUAUUCACGCCCAAUCGUACACCAUCAGAGAUCUACAACCAGAAACUAUGUAUGAAAUCAUCUUACAAGCUCACAAUAGUUACGGUUGGGGCGAAUCCAGUGAUCUCUUUAUGUUUGAAACCAACAAAGCUGGUUUUACGCCUCCAACACCUACUGUAAGAAAUCCACAUAUACAUUCCCGUGACGACAGUAAUGCUGGUAUGAAGUUGACUGCUGCCCGUUCACUAUUUUUACUUGCUCUUUUACUGCCUCUGUUUUUCUCGUAAGAUCAACAUCUGAAAUUAGAUUUUAUAUUAAUUAAUACAUACUACUUAUUAGUUCGAUCAAAAAUUUAAAAAAAAAAUGUGUAAAACAUGAAAUCGUUAAAUGGUUGAAAUUGUAUUAAAGCAUCGUAAAAAUUUGUGGUGAUGCAACCUUGAAGGGGUGAUCGAUGUACCUCUAUUAAAACAGGAUUCUAACUUUAUCCUAUAAUGCAAAAUUUUCAGGUGAUAAUUUCAUGUUUUACAGCAUUUCCUACCUGUAAUGGUGACAUUUUUCUUAUUCAAUCAAAAUUUUUCUUCAAGGUGUACAUUUUUCUUGAUUUGUUUUUUUUUGGGAAAAUUUAAGUGGGAAAUAAAAGAACACUACAUUUCUUACAAAAAAAAAUACCUAGUGAAAUAACUUGAUUGUUGGUGAAAUUGUAGGUUAGGGUUAGGGUUAGGGUAAGCAUCAGGGCUAUUUCCAGGGUUAGGUUUAAGAAUUUUGAGAGAGAGGUUGAGUCUCCAUAUAAGCACUGACCUAGGGUUAGAGUUAGGGUUGGCAUUAGCGCUAGCCCUGUUUACAUCUGGUAACCUAUGAUGAAAAAUUGAGCUGGUCUUAUCAUUUAGCACUAACCAUUGUGACAGUAAUUAAUCAAACUUACCUAUUUAAUUCUUCCUGAAAGGUUUUUUUUUAGUUUAAUAAUAAAUGUAUAUCAUAACCUGAAAAUGUAUAUAUGUAGAUUCAAAAAUAAUUUCAAAACAUUUUUGUUGGUUUGUAUUUGUAAAGAUCAUAUUGGUUAUAUGACAAGAAUGUUCGUGGAUAUUUGUGUCUUUAAUAGACAAACAGGUAGGGUCAAAUAAUACAGGUUUACUUUGCGUUUCAUUUAAUACUAUAUAGCUAGGGCUCACGUCACAUGAAUAGAGACUUUUGGUGAUCAAAUAUUAAAAAUAAUCAGCAUAUUGGUUGGUAGAACUAUUUCACAACACAAAUACGAAGUACAAGAAAUAAAGCCCAAAUUAGUUGGUGGAGUACAAAGACCAAGUUUUUCUCGUAAAUAGAUCAGAUGAAGAGGACACGGUUCCAACACAUACGAGAGUUGAUGGUUAAGAUUGAGGCAUUCAGAAUAAUCAAAUUGUAUAGAAUGAUCACGAGGAAAUCAAAGACUAUGUUUAGCUAAUAAAUCAAGUCUUUUCCUAGCCAAAAAGUAAUCAGUCCUGUCUUUGCAUAUAUCCAAUUAUAAAGAUAUACAAAGAAUCGUGGCUGAUAUUGAUAGAUUAUGUUAGGUUCCCAGUAUCACGAUUCGUGUUAUGAUUUAAAUCAUGGUUUUAAUCGUGGUGAUCCCACCAGGUUUUAUCACACAUUGAGGUCAAUCGUAGCAAUCGCGUUGAUCGUAUCGAAACGUAUCAGCACAUACCAGAUCGUGGGCCUAGUAGGGAUAAUCCUAUCGUAACGCAUCGCACGACAGUGGGGUCCUAGUAUAAGAUAUGAUAGCUAACAUCUGAGAUAACUUUUUAUAUGACGAAACUUAGAGUGGCCAAAACCUGUGCCACUGAUUUGCUAGAGACUAGAAAAGAUAUAGACAGAAUACAGGGGACUCUCAUUACAUAUGAUGUAUUUUUGUUCUCAUUAGGCCAUGAGGUAUGCUUAUCUGUAUAUAAAUGUAGACAUAUAGUUUGUGUAUAUAAUAUAUAUUUACUAACUUUAUUUAUAACACCUGUAUGCUUUAUUUGAUUUUUGUUGAAAAAAAGAGCUUCUUUUUAAAAGAGGUUCCUUAAGAUGAUGAUAUCCAUCUGUUUCUAUAAUCUAAUAAUAGCCCUGUUUACACUGGGCCGUGAUAAGUGAGCAGAUUCUGCCAUUUUGGAAAGUCUUGUUGAUACGGUCACAAAUAUUUCCUUGAAUUAAGAGAAAUCUUUCAAGGGGGCUCUUAUUCAAGUGGUUAUAAGCAUUUUAUCUAUUGUUAAAAUAUAGAAACGGGUGGACAUUUUUCUUUUAUAUAUUAUUAUUAUUAUAUCAACCAUGCAAUUAUAGGGUAGACCAAGAGGUUUUGUUAAAAAACUAAAAACAUAACAGAAUAUUUAUUUAAUCUGUAAAUACUUCUAAUACGUGAAGUGGAAACUAAAACACUCACAUCCCAGUUGGCAUAUUUUUUAUUAGGUAAAUGUCAUGAAAUCUGUUACAUUCAUCCAUAGAAAAUAAACAAAACCCGACAUCAUCUUGUUUUAACCACCAGUAUUAUGUACUGCAGCCAAUCAGAUUAAAACACAGAUCCUAUUUUAUUUCGUUUUUUUAUAGUUCAAAAUUUCGUUUUACUUGUCUUUACUACACUAGGAUCUGGAAGAGUUGUUAUAUAACAGGUGUUGAUGUGAGGUAAUAGCCUAUGAAAUGGUCUGUUACAGCAAGUUUUUGGCGUAAGGUGCACAGAACUGUGGGUAACCCAUUAGAAACAUCAGUGCAGAUUUGUUAAUCAAAUGUAUGACGUCAUAGGGUCAAAAACCGCUCGUAUGACCACUGGCGCAACCUUCCACGACAACCGGUCAGAUCUUCAUGUAGUGUAGGCCAUCGAAAAUAUAAAAAACAAAAUGAAAUAUAGAUGUGUAUUUGAAUCCGAUUGUACUUCAGCUUAAAUUUCUAUGCGGAGUCUUGCUAUAAUUAUUCCUCCAUGCUUUAUUAUGUUUCUGAACAAUCUGAUUCAAAUACAAAUCUAUAUUUCGUUUCGUUUUUUUAUACUUUCGAUGGCCUACUAGUAAAGACAAGUAAAACAAAAUUUUGAACUAUAAAAACGAAACGAAAUAGGAUCUGUGUUUUAACCAGAUUGGUUUCUGAAGUAUGUUUUGUAUAUUACGCAAAAUGACUGAUUACACAGAUUGACUGUAACACAGUAUUAUUCCUUGUGCCAAAUCAUUAGAUGUUCUUCUAUGCUGUGCUUGUUUUAUUUGUAUUAAUGUACAUAGAGUUUGAAUUGAAGCCAUUGUCAACAAGUGCUUCAUACUACUACGCAUACAGGGUAUGCGAUUAUAUUUUUUGUUACUUUUUUUUUUUUUAAUUUGAAGUGUUUUAUAAAUUAGGAAUUCUUGGCAUAACUUUAGUCCAAAACAAUUAUACGGUGUCUGAGAUUCUCCCAAUGGCGAAUGCCCAAAAAAAUAGGGAUAUAGCAGAAUAAGAAGUAUGCGGGGAAUAAAGGAAUCCCGCGAUCAUCAAACAGCAUUAUCCCUAUUUUUUGGGGCGUUUACCAUUCGCUGUUUUUUUUGAGAAUCCCAGACACUGACAAUUAUAUGUGGUUAAAUCUGAUAUUUUGUGUGUGCUUAAAAAAGAGACCAAAAUUUAUAAAUACCAAAUGAGAGAUGAGACUAAUGUUUUAAAAAGAACUAUUAUUCUGUUUUUGGAAAAUGUUUUGCCAAGACAAUAGGUGUCUAACUACUUAAAUUGGAAUUAGCAUGUCAGGUCUUUGUCAGUUCAUAAAAUUUAACUUGAUCGACCAUGCAGUCGCAUCUGGGGUGCUCAAGUGGAAUACAAUGUAAAAUCUACUCAAAACCCAUGGUUGAAAAUGACUCUGUUGUAACCAAUCCACGAAAAAUAAUUUUGGAACAAGUAUUCUUCCCAUCUAAAAUACUUGACUUCCACAAAAUCCCCAUGUAAUAUCAAUUGCUUAUCUGCACUUAGCAGAUUGUGGACUCAAUAGGGACAUCCCAUUGUAAUGCAUCACACGACAGUUGGGAACCUAACAUAAUCAGGUUAAGAUCUUGUCCCAUCACGUCGGAUCAACACAAUUUAAUAAUUUAUUCAAAACUAAUCAUCAAAAUGGUUGAUCAUCUUUAACAAUUGGUUUUUUUUUUAUGAUGCAUAGUAUAUAAUUUUAAUAGGUUAUCUAAAAAUAUUUAUUCUUUAUUAUCUUGGGCUUAUUAGCUUCUUACAGUUAUAAAGGUUUGCUUUGCUUUUUAUGUACAUCAAAAUCUCAAGUUACGUUUUCUGUCGAGGGUCAUUCUCAUUAGCUAUUGUCGAUAGUAAUUUCAAGCUAUAAAAUUAUUCACAAAUUAUUUCUGUGUAGGAUAAAGCAUGAGACUGAGGUUAUGCUGGGGAAAGAAAGACUGAAGAAAAUAACCUGAGAAAAAGAAAAACCGAGGCCGGGAGGCCGAGGUCUUUCUUCCGAAGUUUUUUUCUGAAUUAUUUCUUCCCCAGCAUAACCGAAGUCGAGGAAUUUAUCGUGCUUAUAAACUGUCUAUGUUUACAUGUACGUAAAAUGACAAUAUCCCAGAAUUCCUGGAAGAAUAACCCGUUACAGGUUCAAAGAAAAAAUUUCAGAAGAAUAACCCCAAAUUCCCCUGUAUAUAUUCAAAGCCCCCCGGACUUUCAGAACGCAAGUUAUUCCGGGCAUAGAAUAUACGCCAAAGAUCAAAGAGAUUUACCGUUAUAGGUUUAUAAUUAAUAUAACAAAUAGGUAUUGAAGAUGAUUCUCGACAGAAAGACUUCGCUGAAUUUUUGAAUUAUUAAUUAGAUGUACUUUACACUUUAUUUUCUUUCUUAUAGAAUGAACCAACUAUUUUCGGCAGCAACUAUGUAAUAUUGUUUUUUUGAUUUCAUAUAAAAAUAAUCUUUUUUCUUCA